AUGGCAGACUCGGUGAUUCAGCUGAAAUGCAGCUGCAACAACUAUCCCUGGGGGAGAAGGGGAAACGAGUCACUGGCUGCCCGGCUGUGUGAGAAAACGAAUCCGGACUUCAAGCUCGAUGUUGAGAAGGAGUAUGCAGAGAUGUGGAUGGGCACAUAUCCGGAACUGCCUUCGUACUGUCUGGAGACUGGCAGGAAAUUAGGAGAUGUACUCGACGAGAAUAAGGAGAGGCUAAUUGGAAAGAACGUGAUGAAAAGGUUUGGAAGUGUUCUACCUUUCCUGCCAAAGAUUCUCUCCAUUGCAAAAGCUCUCCCACUCCAGAUCCAUCCGAAUAAAGAUCUUGCACAAAGGCUGCACGAGAAAGAUCCUGAUAACUUCCCUGACUCCAACCAUAAGCCGGAGAUAGCGAUUGCGCUAGGGCGAUUCGAGGCUUUUGUCGGUUUCAAGCCUCUGAACGAGAUUGAGGAGUUAAUUAAAUUGAACCCGAUGAGAAGGUUCAUGCCGAAGGAUGGUAAUAGCAAUUUCAACGACGAGACUCUCCGCGAAAUUUGCAGGAAUAUGCUUCAAGCUCCGGAUGAGGUAGUGGCUGCCGCAAUCAAGGAACUCUUGUCGAUCAAGCCCCAAGAAUAUGGGAAACAGGCUUAUAUGCUCGAUUUAACUCAUCGGAUCCAAGAGCAGUACGGAAGGCACGACAACGGGAUCUUGGUUGCGCUGGUGUGUAUGAAUUACCUUGUUCUAGAAGCUGGGUCUGCCUUGUACAUUCCCGCAGAUGGCAUUCAUGCCUAUCUGUCCGGAAACAUCAUCGAGUGCAUGGCCCGAUCGAACAACGUGCUCAACACCGGAUUCUGUCCAAGAGCAGACCGCGACUCAGUUGACCUGUUUACCAAAACAUUAACAUUCAAACAACAUGAGCCCGGAGAGCCCAUGCUCAAGCGGCAGCAAAGUGAAAAAAGUGUGUCUGGGAAAACUUCCGUAUAUGCCCCGCCAAUGAGUGAGUUCAACAUGCUGGUUACGGAGCUCUGUGCUGGGGAAGAGGAGACUAUCAAACCAGUGCUAGGUCCCAGUAUAAUGAUUGUAACGAGUGGCGCAGGGAAGAUGUAUAUAGAAGGGCGGGAGUUUCCGUUAGAAGAUGGCAGCAUUUAUUUUAUUGGGCAUGGUGUUGAGGUUGCAGUGAGCAGCACGGACAAGUUGGUGGCAUAUCGAGCGUACGCUGAGUGA